GUCUUCUCCGAUAUGUACUGAACAGUUUGAAAUAGAGAAUUAUAAUUUAAUUGAAGAGACACCUUGUGACGAAGAUAUUGAGAGCAAAGCUCCAUUGGCCGGUAGAAGAAUAGUUGACAUUAAUUAUUUUUUCAAACAAAUCCAAGAAAGUCUGCAUAAUGGUGGUUUUGGAUGUAGUUUUUUAGAUAUGGACUUUGUUAGUGAAAUACACGUUGGUUUUUUGUCAAAAUUUAAAUUUAAAUGCAGAAUGUGUGGCAUAAAAACGCUUAUUUUAUCUGAAAAAACUGGAGAACCUACUGAACAUUUGCCAAUCAAUGAAGCAGCUGUAAAUGGUACAUUAUCAAUAGGAAUAGGACAUAGUCAGUUAUCCGAGUUUACUGCUGCAAUGGAAAUACCGUGUAUGUCGAACACAACAUACUCCAGGGUACACGAGACAAUCAGUUUUUCAGUUCAUAACACAGCUUGGGAUGAGAUGAAAAAGGCAGGCGUAGAGGAACGGGAAUUGGCAUUAGAAGCUGGAGAGGUCGAUGAAAAUGGAAUACCAAUGUGUACAGUAGUAGCAGACGGACAAUGGUGUAAAAGAAGUUACAAAACAAAGUAUGAUGCACUAUCUGGAGUGGCUUCCAUCAUUGGAUAUAGAACCAAAAAAGUAUUGUUCGUAGGUAUAAGAAAUAGGUAUUGCGUAAUUUGUCACCGUGCCGCCUCUAAAAACGAAAAACCUUCUGAACACCGCUGUUUUAUGAAUUGGAAUAAAUCUGCAACAGGUAUGGAAGCAGAUGGUGUUGUUGAAGGGUUUAUGAAAAGCGUCGAAAUGCAUAAUUUGAAAUUUAAUAAACUGAUUGGUGACGGGGAUAGUAGUGUUACUAAAAAAUUGUUAGAAGUACUACCUUAUGGCCCUAAUGUUUUAAUUGAAAAAAUAGAGUGUCGCAACCAUCUACUGCGUAACUACUGUCAAAAAAUAGCAGCUAUUGCAAAAAAAACUUGCUAUCCUAUACAUUUACGCAAAUUUAUAAUUCAAAAUGCAAUGCGGUUUCGAACUGGAGUAGUAAAAGCUAUUCGUUACCAAAAAAAUGAAAAUAAACCUUUAUGUCAACAAAUAUCAGACUUAGGCAAAGAUAUUUAUAAUAGUCCAUACCAUGUACUAGGACAACAUACAAAGUGCGCUUCGUAUUUUUGUCAAGGAAAUACAGUUUUGGAACAAAAUUUAGUUGUACAAGCUGAAAACAGUGGCAUGAUGUUAGAAAUAAUGAAUGCAAUAAAUCGUUUAGUCGCUAAUUCUAGUAGCUUAAUAACUGAUGUAGACAAUAAUGUAUGCGAACAGUUCAACAGCGUGAUAAAUAAAUACAUUGGAGGAAAACGAAUCAAUAUGUCACAAAGAAACACGUAA